AUGAUUAAGGAUUGGCUAUUCCCACUACUACAAGCCGAUGGAGAUGAUUUCAUUUUACAACAAGAUGGAGCACCACCACAUUGGUCCUUAGAAGUACGCAAAUUUCUUAACAAUCAGCUACCACAGAAAUGGAUCGGUCGCUGUAGUGCUAAUGACGCUGCAUUUUGUCCAUGGCCGCCGGAUCUUACAAUAUGUGAUUUUUUUCUCUGGGGUUACAUUAAAAGCAUUGUUUAUGUACCUCCCCUUCCAAAAGAUCUUGACGAAUUGAAAAGUCGCAUUACAGACGCCAUCAACUCUGUUACAGUCGACAUGCUUCAACAGGUUUAUGAGGAAUUUGAAUAUCGCUUAGAUGUUUGUCGUGAAAGUAAGGGGGGUCACAUUGAACAUUUAUAA